AUGUCGUCACCAGCCUCUGACGGCUCGUAUCGUCCCGAUCCCGAAGAGCCGGAAGCCGGGCCGUCGGAUGUCGCUCGAUGGCGUCCACUGCCCCGUGCGACGUAUCGAUCCAUCGAGUGCCCGGGACCAGUAUCAAACCCGCAGGCUAUCCUCAAGGUCAUCAAGCAGGAGGACGUCGAUGAGUGCUUCAACGCACCAAUCCAUCAACCCCAGCAACUGGAAAUGAAGUAUAGGCCGGAAGAGCGCUCCUCUGUUCCUGUCCGCGGUACUCGCGUUCAGAGCCAGAAGGUUCUCGUCAAGGUCACGAAGCGACGAAGGAAGGGACAGGAUAGGGGCGUGUUCACCAGCGAGAUCGUCGGGAGCGUGCCUCAGACUGUGAGGUUCAGAUCAAUGGCCGAUUACCAGUACACGCCUCCAGACUCAGGCCACAUCCAGCAGCUGACCCAGUCAUUGCUUGAUCUCGACUAUGAUGCUAUCCUUGAUUACCAAUUCCCCGACAUCGACGAGGAGUACUUCGUUCCCUCAGAAGGAGGGGACGUUCCGUUUGUUUCGAAGACAGAACUGCAGCCAACACCGGUGUCUAGUAUGCGCCAGUUGCCACAUGUCUUCAACUAUAAGAUGCCAACAGCGACAGUGGAGGAGAAGGUGUGGGAUGAUGACCUAGGUGACUACAAGGUGCGCUUUGUGAACAAGACGCGCGCAAGCGGCUUCUCGGUCCCUGUCAUUGGCCACGCGCACCCCGUCCCGACCGAGCCAGAGGAGGCUGUGAAGGCUCGCCACCCGCACAUCAACCAGCGCAUCCUGAAGAAGCUUCAGCAGCUCAUGGACGAGCGGCCAGUUUGGUUGCGAUACGCGCUGCUGGCCCAAUUCAACGAUUCGGACCGGUACGAGAUCGAGUCGAACAAGGCGUACAUCCCCUCGGUCGCAUUCACGUACGGCGCGGGACCGUUCUGGAAAACGAUGGUGCGGUACGGGUACGACCCAUGCCGCGAGCGCGACGCGCACCAGUACCAGCGUGUAUUCGUGUACCUCGACGUGAAGAGGGGCAAGAACUCGGUGCUGAACGAUCUGGACGACGAUGACGACGAGCGCCGCAUGAACGGCCAGUUUUGGUGGGAGCGUGAGGCGGAGAAGCGCGUCCUGCAGGGGCUUCGCGAGCCGCUCGAUAUCACCAAGAGCUACAUCUUCGACGGCCAGAUCCUGCACCAGAACAAGCCGGACUACCUCAUGUGCGACAUCCACGACCCCUUCAUCAAGCGCUUCAUCUACGAUCCCACGAGUCUCGCGGACGACUGCAACCCCGUCACUGGCUGGUACCGGCCCAUCUCGUUUGAGGUUAUCAAGGCGCUGCUCCGUAUCAGAUAUCAGUACCUUCGUGACAAGCAUCGGAAGAUCGACGACCGCGGUCUCUGUGCCGAGAUUGAGGAGGCGUACGAAAAGGGCAUGAACGGGGAAGAGGAUGAGGACGCGGCCAUGGCGACGAUUCAUAAGCUUGCGAUGAAACGCAAGGUGUAG